AUGGAGAAUUAUACAUUAUUUGAUGAUUUUCACAGUAAUCAAAGGAAUAUCUACCCAGAAUGCCGAACUGAUUGCUUUAUGACGCCAGAACUCCCAGAAUUUGACUUACUCGACGCAAUGCUGCAUGAAAGUUAUUUUGGUAUGGAGCAUGUCAAUGAUAAGUAUAUGGAUUCGUUGAUAUCAGCAUUUGAAGAUGAGUUCAUUUAUGAGAACAGAUACCAUGUGAAGCAUCCAGCUAUAAACUACCUCGAUAUUUCAAAAGAGAAUUCUAAUUUGUUGGGUGAAAAUUUUCAAGGAUUUAGAGAGAAAAAUAAAGAAUUCAACACAAACUUACCCAAUUUGCUUUUCCCUGUCAGUCAUUCUCAACAAUACUUACAAAGCAAGGAAAUAACGCUUGCACUUUUGGCGACUUCGCUCGAUAAAGAGAACAUUUCAGAGAACCUCAAACGUGGAUUAGGAGUUGAAGAGGAUAAAAUGAUUCCAUUUCCAAAUAAUGAUAUGACGAAUAAUACAGAGUCACAAUAUCGUUUAAGUAAACAAUGCGUUUUGGAAGCAGAGGGUAACAAGCUUCAGACUGCGAAACGAAGUUUAAAACGAGUACACGAAGGAAGAAAAGGCGAAAGGUAUUGGAAGCAAAGAAUGAAGAAUAAUGCAGCAGCAAAAAAGUCGCGUGUAGCCAAGAAAAAUCGUUUUGUUUUGAUGGAGAAACGAAUCAAGGAACUUGAAAUUGAAAAUGCAGAAAAGAAAGAAUAUCUGAGAACUCUUGAACAGAAAGUAUUGGAGAGAGGAGGAAAAUAAAAGUAUCAGACAAUUCAGUAGUAAUUAACGAUUUAUGUUAACUGAAAAUAUAUUAAACUGGAAGUUACUAUCGGAAUGAAAAUGCUGCCAUCAUACUAAACACUUGUGCAAAAUAUCUCGACCUAAUUAAGGGGGAAAUUUAAAAACUCCUGAAAGUAAAAUUACUCCCGAUGGUUAACCUUUUCCCAUGAAACACUGCAAAUGACACACUGUAUGUAGUGUAGUAAUAAUAGUUCACUGACUUUAGUCUUAAAAUGACUGUUGCUACGCACUGGCGUAGCUGAUGGCGUAUGUAAAACGUUUUACAGCUUACGAAUGAUACUUACUAUUAUUGCUAUUUAACCUUAAACCCGUUGUUAAUAAGAUUAUUUAUUGUUAUAACUGAGUAUUUUCAACAGUAUUAAUAUAUUUUGUU